GUACGGCAGCGCCCACCACAAAACAGACACAAACAGCACAGUUAAUUAAACCCUAGCAAACCAAACCCCCUCUCUAUAUAUCACCCAAACCUCCCCAAGUCUCUCUCUCUUUCUCUCUAUCAGAUUAGAGAGAGAAACACAACACCCCUCCCUAUUCUUUACUCUCCAUUUUCUUCUCUCAUCAUAUCUUAAUCUAUAAAUAUAUAGAAGAGACAUAGAUAUAUUCUAUUAUCUUCUUUGUUCCUUGCAUGGACUGUUAAGAUGUCUCGCACGUGCUCACAGUGCGGCAACAACGGCCACAACUCUCGGACAUGCACCGACGGCGCCGCUGCCGCUUCCGGCGGAGGGUCUCCGAGAGAGAACGGCAUCAUGCUGUUCGGUGUGCGAUUGAUGGAAGGAAACUCAUCGUUCAGGAAGAGUGCUAGCAUGAACAACCUCUCCCAGUACGAGCCGGACUCCAACGGCGCAGACGCCGGCUAUGCCUCCGACGACGUCGUUCAUGCCUCCGGUCGCACCCGGGAGCGCAAGCGAGGCGUUCCUUGGACUGAGGAAGAACACAGGUUGUUCCUGUUGGGAUUGCAUAAGGUGGGUAAAGGAGAUUGGAGAGGAAUUUCUAGAAACUUCGUUAAGACUCGCACUCCAACUCAGGUUGCUAGUCAUGCUCAAAAGUACUUCCUCCGCCGCCAUAAUCAGAACCGUCGCCGGAGGAGAUCUAGCCUUUUCGACAUCACCACUGAUACAGUGAUGGAAUCUUCUACUAUAAUGGAAGAAGAACAAGAUCAGCAAGAAACGAUGGCACCGCCUACUCCAGCAGCAUAUCCACCAGCACAUUACGGUGGCUUUCCUAGCUCGGGUUUUCCGAUGAGUCUGGCUCCGGCGGUGUUGCCGGCUGCUAGUGGCGAGAGACUGGCCAAACCGAUUAGGCCAACACCUAUUUUGCCAGUGCCUCCGUCCUCCAAGAUGGCUAAUUUGAACUUGAAAGAGAAAGCUUCUCCUACUAAUCUCAUUGAGCCUUUACCGUUGUCGUUAAAUCUGCCGCCGCCGUCUCAAGAUCAGUCGCCGGCAAGUAGUAGCCACUCCUCCUCAUCGUCAUCGGCGGCGGCUUUUCAGGCUAUGUCCGCAGGAAAGUUCAGCGGUGGUGGGGACAGUAUUAUCAGUGUUGCUUGAAAAGAAGAAGGAAGCCAAAAAAAAAUAGUGUGGUUAAGUUAUUAAGUUUUGAUAGAUGGAGAAAGAGAAGAUGGGUUGUCAUAUUCUCUAGCUGUUGGGGGAUUCUUGUUUCUAUUUGUGUGGGGAAAUGUGACCGUGAAAUGAUAGGGCACCCGGUACUCUUCGUAUGCUAUUGGUCUUUUUAUGGGUCUUUCAAAUAUUAGCUUAGAGAAAAGAGGAAUAUAUUAUGCUAGCUGUUCUAUUCUUGCCCAUAUAUAUGCCAUUAAUUGUGUUUUUUCUU